CCGGCGCGAGGAGGGGGCGCCGCGGCCCACCCUCCGUCCUGCCUGGCCGCGGGCCGGCCGGGCCAACGCGCCCUGACCCCCCCAUGGCCACCCGGGUCUCCGGGCCGCGAAGUCGCAGCGCCAGACGCAGGGCCCCGAAGUGAGCGCGGGCGCCGAGGAUCUCAUCUGGCCGCCGCGUUCUGCAAGAGGAGAGGGGGAGAGCGCGCGCGAGAGGAGAACAGAGACGGCGGUGGAAAGGGAGACAGCGAGACGCGCAGCGCCGGCGCCCCGGAGACCCAGGAGGAGCCCGCAGAUCGCCAGCCCGCGUCAUGCAGUCUUUUCGAGAAAGGUGUGGUUUCCAUGGCAAACAGCAGAGCUACCCACAGACCUCGCAGGAAGCGUCUCGCCUGGAGAAUUACAGGCAGCCGAGUCAGGCCGGGCUGAGUUGUGACAGGCAGCGGCUGCUCGCCAAGGACUAUUAUAACCCGCAGCCUUACCCGGGCUACGAGGGUGGCGCCAGCACCCCCUCCAGCACCGCGGCCGCGGUGGCCGCCGAGAAGUACCACCGAGGUAGCAAGGCCCUGCCCUCCCAGCAGGCGCUGCAGGGGAGGCCGGCUUUCCCCGGCUAUGGUGGCCUCCAGGACAGCAACCCCUACCCGGGACGCUACUCUGGGGAGGAGGGCCUGCAGGCCUGGGGGGCCCCCCAGCCGCCACCCCCCCAGCCACAGCCCCUGCCAGGAGGGGUGGGCAAGUACGAGGAGAACCUACUCAAAAAGACGGCCGUGCCCCCCGGCAGGCAGUACCCAGAGCAGGGUGCCCAGCUUCCCUUCCGGACUCACUCCCUGCCUGUCCAGCAGCCCCCGCCGCCACAGCUGCCCCAGCCCCAGCAGCCCCUGGCGUACCCCAAACUCCAAAGGCAGAAACUGCAGAACGACCUCGCCUCGCCCCUGCCCUUCCCCCAGGGGGCUCACUUCCCCCAGCACUCCCAGUCCUUCCCCACCUCGUCCACCUACUCCUCGUCCGUCCAGGGCAGCGGACAGGGGGCCCACUCCUAUAAGAGUUGCACAGCACCGUCGGCCCAGCCCCACGACAGGCCACUGACCGCCAACGCCAGCCUGGCCCCGGGACAGCGGGUCCAGAACCUUCACGCCUACCCGUCGGGCCGCCUCGGCUAUGACCAGCCACAGCAGCCGGCGCUUCAGAGCCGGCACCACGCCCAGGAGACCCUCCAUUACCAAAACCUCGCCAAAUACCAACACUACGGACAGCAAGGCCAGGGCUACUGCCAGCCGGACACGGCUGCCGUCAGGACCCCCGAGCAGUACUACCAGACCUUCAGCCCCAGCUCCAGCCACUCCCCGGCCCGCUCGGUGGGCCGCUCCCCUUCCUACAGCUCCACCCCGUCCCCGCUCAUGCCAAACCUAGAGAACUUCCCCUACAACCAGCAGCCACUCAGCACCGGGGCCUUCCCCGCGGGCAUCACCGACCACAGCCACUUCAUGCCCCUGCUCAAUCCCUCCCCGACAGACGCCGCCAGCUCCGUGGACACCCAGGCCAGCAACUGCAAGCCCCUGCAGAAGGACAAAAUCCCCGAGAACCUGCUGUCAGACCUCAGCCUGCAGAGCCUCACGGCCCUGACCUCCCAGGUGGAGAACAUAUCCAACACGGUCCAGCAGCUUCUGCUGUCCAAGGCCGCCGUGCCGCAGAAGAAAGGCGUCAAGAACCUGGUGUCCAGGACCCCGGAGCAGCACAAGAGCCAGCACUGCAGCCCCGAGGGCAGCGGCUACUCCGCGGAGCCAGCGGGGACGCCCCUGUCGGAGCCCCUGAGCAGCACGCCGCAGUCCACGCACGCCGAGCCGCAGGAGACAGACUACCUGAGCGGCUCCGAGGACCCGCUGGAGCGCGGCUUCCUCUACUGCAGCCAGGCCCGCGGCAGCCCGGCCAGGGUCAACAGCAACUCCAAGGCCAAGCCYGAGUCCGUGUCCACCUGUUCUGUGACCUCCCCUGACGACAUGUCCACCAAAUCUGACGACUCCUUCCAGAGCCUGCACAGCAGUCUGCCGCUGGACAGCUUCUCCAAGUUCGUGGCCGGCGAGCGGGACUGCCCACGGCUGCUGCUCAGUGCCCUGGCUCAGGAGGACCUGGCCUCUGAGAUCCUGGGGCUGCAAGAAGCUAUCGGUGAGAAGGCCGAGAAGGCCUGGCCGGAGACCCCGGGGCUGGCCAAGGACGCCAGCAAGCCACCCUUCUCUCUGGAGAACCACAGCGCCUGCCUCGACCCCGUGGCCAAGAACGCUUGGCCACGGCCCGGGGAGCCCGAGGCCCUGCCUGAUUCCUUGCAGCUGGACAAGAGCAGCAACACCAAGGACUUCAGCCCGGGGCUGUUUGAAGACCCUUCGGUGGCCUUCGCUGCCCCUGACCCCAAGAAAACCGCCGGUCCCCUCUCCUUUGGCGCCAAACCCACCCUGGGGGCCGCCACCGCCCCGGACCCCACCGCCGCGGCUUUCGACUGCUUCCCGGACACCACGACCACGUCCAGCUCAGCAGACGGCGCCAACCCCUUUGCCUGGCCAGAGGAGAACCUGGGGGAUGCCUGUCCCCGCUGGGGACUGCACCCUGGCGAGCUCACCAAGGGCUUGGAGCAGGGCGGGAAGGCCCCGGACGGUGGCGUGGGCAAAGGGGAYGCCCACGAGGCCUCGGCCUGCCUGGGCUUCCAGGAGGAGGGGCCCCCCGGGGAGAAGGCSGCCGCGCUGCCCGGGGACUUCAAACCGGAGGAGGCGGGUGGGGUGAAGGAGGAGGCCGGCGGCCUGCUGCAGUGCCCCGACGUGGGCAAGGCCGACCGGUGGCUGGAGGACAGCCGGCACUGCUGCUCGGCAGCCGACUUCGGGGACCUGCCCCUGCUGCCGCCCCCCGGCAGGAAGGAGGACCUGGAGGCCGAGGAGUACUCCUCCCUGUGCGAGCUGCUGGGCAGCCCGGAGCAGAGGCCCGGCCUGCAGGACCCGCUGUCACCCAAGGCCCCCCUCCUCUGCACCAAGGAGGAGGCGGAGGAGGGGCUGGACUCCAAGGCCGGCUGGGGUUCCCCGUGCCACCUCUCCGGGGAGUCUGUCAUCCUGCUGGGCCCCACCGUGGGUGCCGAGUCCAAGGUCCAGAGCUGGUUCGAGUCCUCCCUGUCCCACAUGAAGCCCGGCGAAGAAGGGCCCGAGGGGGACCGGGCUCCGGUGGACUCCACCACCCCGGAYGCCUCCCUGGCCCAGAAGCCCAACAAGCCCGCCGUGCCCGAGGCCCCCAUCGCCAAGAAAGAGCCCGUGCCACGGGGCAAAAGCCUGCGGAGCCGGCGGGUCCACCGGGGGCUGCCCGAGGCCGAGGACUCCCCRUGCAGAGCACCAGCGUUACCCAAAGACCUCUUGCUCCCCGAGUCCUGCACCGGGCCCCCCCAGGGACAGAUGGAAGGGGCCGGGGCCCCAGGCAGGGGGCCCUCCGAAGGGCUCCCCAGAAUGUGCACCCGCUCCCUCACGGCCCUGAGUGAGCCCCGCACGCCCGGGCCCCCGGGGCUGACCACCACCCCCGCGCCCCCCGACAAGCUGGGGGGCAAGCAGCGAGCCGCCUUCAAGUCGGGCAAGCGGGUGGGGAAGCCCUCGCCCAAGGCUGCGUCCAGCCCCAGCAAUCCGGCCGCCCUGCCCGUGGCCUCGGACAGCAGUCCCAUGGGCUCCAAAACCAAGGAGCCGGACUCGCCCGGCCUGCCCGGCAAGGACCAGCGCUCCAUGAUCCUGCGAUCGCGCACCAAACCCCAGGAGGUCUUCCACGCCAAGCGGCGGCGACCCUCAGAAACCCGGCUCCCCAACUGCCGGGCCACCAAGAAGGUCCUUGCCAACAACCACCUGCCUGCCCCAUUCAAGGUCGCCRCCACCGCYGCCGCUGCCGCGGGCAGUCCCCAGAAGGAGGGCCGAGUGAGCCAGCGAGCGCGGGUCCCCAAGCCUGGCACAGGGGGCAAGCUUUCUGACCGGCCCCUCCACGCGCUCAAGAGGAAAUCGUCCUUCCUGGCGCCUGUCCCCACCAAGAAGAGGAACCUGGUCCUCCGCAGCAGCAGCAGCAGCAGCAGCAGCCUCAGUGCCAGCGCGGGGGACGGGAAGGAGGACAGGGCCGAGGGCUCCCCCUCGCUCUUUAAGAGAAUGUCUUCUCCCAAGAAGGCCAAGCCCAAGGGCAGCGGGGAGCCCACCACCAAGCCCCCGCCCCCCGAGGCCCCUGAGGCCUGCGUGAAGCUCGCCUCACGGGCGGCCUUCCCGGGGACCGUGAAGACCAAGGUGCUGCCCCCCAGGAAAGGCCGGGGCCUGAAGCUGGAGGCCAUUGUGCAGAAGAUCACCUCCCCCAGCCUCAAGAAGUUCGCCUGCAGAGUGCCCGGGGCGCCCCCCGGGACUCCCCUGAGCCCGGCCCUCCCCGAGAAGGACCGCGGGGGGCCCAAGAGCACCGGGGGCAGCCCGGCCGGGGCAGAAGAAGGUCUGGUCGGCGUGGGCCCGGGACAGAAGUUCCCAGGGGCUUCGGGAGGGGAGCCGUUGUGUAGAAAUCCGACCAACAGGUCCUUAAAAGGUAAACUCAUGAACAGUAAGAAACUGUCUUCCACCGACUGUUUCAAAACUGAGGCCUUCCUGUCCCCGGAGGCCCUGCAGCCUGGGGGGACCAUGCUGGCACCCAAGAAGAGGAGCCGGAAAGGCAGGGCCGGAGGCCUCGGGCUCUCCAAAGGCCCCCUGGAGAAGCGGCCCUAUCUUGGCCAGGCUCUGCUCCUCAAUCCCCGAGACAGGGCCAGCGGCACGCAGGCGGGUGGCGAGGACAACUCUGGUGGAGGAGGCAAGAAGCCAAAGACCGAGGAGCUGGGCCUGGCCUCCCAGCCCCCCGAGGGCCGGCCCUGCCAGCCCCAGACCAGGGCGCAGAAGCAGCCGGGCCACGCCAACUACAGCAGCUAUUCCAAGCGGAAGCGCCUCACCCGGGGCCGGGCCAAGAACACCAACGCUUCACCCUGUAAAGGGCGUGCCAAGCGGAGACGGCAGCAGCAGGUGCUGCCCCUGGAUCCCGCCGAGCCUGAAAUCCGCCUCAAAUACAUCUCCUCUUGCAAGAGGCUGAGGGCCGACAGCAGGACCCCAGCCUUCUCACCCUUCGUGCGGGUGGAGAAGCGAGACGCCUUCACCACCGUAUGCACUGUGGUCAACUCCCCCGGGGAUGAGCCCAAGCCCCACAGGAAGCCUUCCUCCUCCACCUCCUCCUCUUCAUCUUCCUCCUCCUUCUCCUUGGACGUGGCCGGGACCUCCCUGACCACACUCCCGGGGGGCUCCAUCCUGCAGCCACGGCCCUCGCUGCCCCUCUCCUCCACCAUGCACCUGGGGCCUGUGGUCUCCAAGGCUCUGAGUACCUCUUGCCUUGUCUGCUGCCUCUGCCAAAACCCGGCCAACUUCAAGGACCUCGGGGACCUCUGUGGGCCCUACUACCCCGAACACUGCCUCCCCAAAAAGAAGCCAAAACUCAAGGAGAAGGUGCGGCCGGAAGGCACCUGUGAGGAGGCCUCGCCGCCCCUUGAGAGAACACUCAAAGUCGAGUGUGCAGCCCCCGCUCCCGCCACUGCUGCCGCCGCCACCACCGCCGGGAAGCCCCCCAGGCCUGACGGCCCAGCGGACCCGGCCAAGCAGGGCUCACUGCGCACCAGCGCCCGGGGCCUGUCCCGGCGGCUGCAGAGUUGCUACUGCUGUGACGGUCAGGGGGACGGGGGCGAGGAGGCGGCCGCAGCCGACAAGAGCCGCAAGCACGAGUGCAGCAGAGAGGGUCCSGCGGAGCCCGGCGGGGACACCCAGGAGCACUGGGUGCACGAGGCCUGCGCCGUGUGGACCGGCGGGGUCUACCUGGUGGCCGGGAAGCUCUUUGGGCUGCAGGAGGCCAUGAAGGUGGCCGUGGACAUGACAUGUUCCAGCUGCCAAGAAGCCGGGGCCACCAUCGGGUGCUCCUACAAAGGAUGUGUCCACUCGUACCAUUACCCGUGUGCCAGCGAUGCGGGUUGUGUAUUCAUCGAAGAGAACUUUUCUUUGAAAUGUCCCAAACAUAAGAGGCUGCCGUUGUAAUCCACCGCAACGGCUGGAGAAGCCGCCGGAGCCGCCCGACGCCCGCCUCCGAAGGAGAGAAGCAGCCUGCGCAGCCCUGGGGCCUUGGAGCUGCUCCCAGCGCGCGUCCAGAGCCGAUCCUUGAUCCGCGUCCCGGAUCUUGGAUCCGGCCGCCCAGGGCGCCGACGUGCGGCCCCGGGUUGGGAAGAAAACCUGUUCCGGAGCCGCCUGCUCCCGGAACCGGACGGCACAGGGCGGUUUUCUUUUUUUUUUGCCCACACCCCUGGGGCCAGGCUUGGAGAGGGAGCCCGCGGAGCGGCCAGACUUCUCGGCCCACCCAGCCUCUGGCGGGGGUGGGAGACGGCUUGGGGCUGGGGACACUUCCCCCUCCCGGAAGUUCCAAGACGACGUGGCACACAUUCCUCGUGGGUGCUGCCGUCACCGCAGUCGGUCGGUCGUGGCCUGCAGCUGGGCGCCCUGGGGUCGGGAGAGGAGAUCCAGACGACCCUGCCAGGGGCCGAGGGCUGCUCUUAGCUCCAUGGACGAGGCAGGGGAAACCGGAGCCUUUCUGGAGGGGGCCCGGUCAGCGGGGGARGGGGCAAGAGUCUUCGAAACCCACCAGUCGGAAUGCGUCCCAGCGCCCCUUCCCACCCACCCUUUGCCAAAGCUUCCCUGCGGUUCCGGCCAAGCCGGGGUAAUCGGGGGCCUAUGCUCAGGGGAUGUGGGCUCCCCGGGUGUGGGCGGGACUGGGGCGUCUUCUGUUCGUCCCCUUUCCAAUCCUCCACCCCACCCUUGGAGCCCAGCCUAGGAACGCAGCAAGAAAGGAGAUCCGAUCCGAGCAUGAGCGUACCUCCGGCGGAUGCGCGAUUGUCCCUGUGCACCACCACCGUCUUCAGGGACCACAGCGCCCACUCAGUACGGGAGCAGGGACAGCGCUAGAUUCGUGUACAAAACCUGUGUACCCCUCUAUAUAUAUGUUACAUAGAAUGUAUAUAUGUUGGGAACAUGCUCGCUUCUCCUGUGUGUCGCCGCCGUGCGUCGUGCGCCCUGCAGCAGAGCCCCAGCCGGGCCCUUGCCGAGUAGGGGAGUCUACCGCGAUGCCCCUUCCCCACGCAGCCACCACCGGCUUGGGCCAGUCCCUGCCAGUCCGUCCGCCUGUCUGUCCGUGUCCUCACCUCAGCUCUGUCCACGCUUCAAUAGGCCUGACGCAGCCCCAGCUAGGGGCCGCCCUAGCAACUUCCUGUACAUAUGACUGUAAAAUGGUAAACGUGUGUAUUAUAUCUGGCCUCGUUAUAUAGUGUAUAUAUAUGUAUACAUAUACAUAUAUAUAAUAUAUAUGAAGACUGUAAAUGUUAAGACGACUAGUGUUCUUAUUAGUAUAUUGCUUCACACUGAAGAUUGUGUGUAUCGAGCUGUUUCUAAAAGAUGUUUAUUUUCCUUAAGAGUAAAAAAACAGUCAUUGCAUUCAGAAAAAAAAAAAGUCAA